AUGAGGUUGCUCAAUUUUUGGGCUUCCUUGCCCAUCUUAGUGAACAGUAAUGAUAGAAUCUGCAGUACAGACACUUGCAUCAACGGGGAUUGUGAAUUUGGCCUUUGUCUUUGCCACAAAGGAUGGGCAGGAGAAGGUUGCAGUGAGAAAAUUUGUGAUUGUGAGAAUGGAACUUGCGAUCAAUCAACGAAGACCUGUAGUUGUAAAGACCACUGGGGAGGAGAGCGCUGCGAAAUUCCAGUAUGUGACGAUUGUAGCAGUCAAGGAGGCGAAUGCCAGCCCGGUGGUGUCUGCAAAUGCAAAGAAGGAUGGACUGGUAGCAGAUGCUCGAAAGCAGUUUGCUCACAGCAAUGUGAAAAUGGUGGUCGCUGCACUGCACCAGAUUUGUGCUCUUGCAAAGAUAACUGGAGCGGACCAAGCUGCAAAAGAUAUGGACCCAAAGCCAAGAUUUGUUCUUUUACGUCCGCUCGUGUGAUGUUAUUUGACGAGUCUAUUCAUUUUAUUCAAAAGAACGAUGAAAUUAAAUGCACGGUCUCACUGUUCAAAAGUCGGGACAUUGACAUUCAGUUGCGAACGGACACAAAUGAUCUAAUUGCGAGGUCAAUGAGCGAAACAAUCAUCCUCUCACAACAGUCCCCUUUUUCGACAAAUUUCGGUGAAAAUCGACAAGAGUUUUCCUUUUCUGAGCUGGUCAUAAUUUCUACCGGCGAAGAAGUUUGGAUAAAAUACACUGGUAGUGAAAUUCCUGGAGGGCUGUGUUCUAGCUCUGUUUCUCAGACAUCUGAUCUUCUCUUGCCAAAUGGAAAACUUCCAUCAAACUGCUAUUAUGAGCCUCCAAUAAAGAGUAAAAUCAAGCAUGCUCAACUGGCAGAUACCUGCGAUCACCUAAUGCAGUUGGGAAAUUUCAACAAGUGCGCUAAGGUCGUCCCAAUCGCUGCUGAUCUCAUGUCUAAAUGUGUAUCAGAGCUUUCCCAGCAAUGUUCUGAUUCUCAUAAUACUGAUUGUCUUUGCCAUGUUAUGUCUGGCUGGGCAAGUACUUGCGCUCAGUAUGGCUUCGAAGUAGGGAAUUGGCGUCGGGCUGACCUCUGCCCAGAGCCGAAUUGCCCGAAAAAUCAGAUCUGGUCAGAGUCUGUCGAUUUAUGUACGCCAAAUUGCGCCGAUAAACGCAAUGAAAAUUCGUACUCCUGUCCUAUAAUGAACAAAUUUCCUGGAUGUACCUGUCCUGAGAAGCAAAUUCUUCGAGAAGACGGCAUUUGUGUCAGUGAAGAAGCGUGUGGAUGCACAUUGAAUGAUAAGUUUUACGUUCAAGGUUCUGUUGUAUCCACAAAUGAAGAAGUAUGCUCGUGCAAAGGGCUCAGUUGGGCUUGCAAAAAGCCUGAUGCGAGUCCACGUCGAUGCAGACUCUUUGGAGCGGGGCACAUUGACGAUUUUGAUGGCGGGCAGAAUAGCCUUCACUCACAUGGAAAUUAUAUCGCUCUCCGGCUGCCUUCAUUAUCGAUAAAAGUCGAGUUCAGCCAAUGCGCAGGGGAUCAGUAUUCAAUCUGUAUGCACAAAGUAUCUGUGGACAACGAAGAUGGUAACCAUAUCCGACUUGGUCCUAGUGACGCUAUAUUCAUUGAUGGCGAGCGAGUUCUUGGGAUUCAUGAGAAUGAAUCUAUCCGAAUUUAUGGCGUAAGUGUGAUGAUUGAAUACAGAGGGACAGAAAGUUUCGAGGGUAUUUGCGCUCCGAAGACAACUAUGGCGAAUACUGGGCAUUAUGACGUUGACUUUCAACACUUCGCCAGCAUCUUUAAUCUUUUGCCUCAAAGAAACCUGAUUCUACCAGUUCAGAAAAUCGGAAACUGUGCCCGCGAAAGAUUCGAAAUGUGUCAAGUCUUUGUUUCACAAGAUCUGAAAGAAUGCAAUCACGUGAUUCCCCCAGAGAUUUUUAUUGCAAGAUGUCAAGCGGAUAUCUGCAAUUGUUUCAACGAGGUUGGAUGUCAUCAAGUUAUUUGUGAAUCUGUAGCAGAGUAUAUAAGACAUUGUAAAAAUGCGCUGGUCUCAUCUUUGAAGAAGGAAAUAAUGACUCCAGAAAUUUGUGUGAAUGAGUGUUCAAAAAAUGAAAUCUGGUCAGACUCUGUGUGUCCCCUCGAAGAAACCUGUCAGAACAUGUCUUCGAAAAGAAAAGGUCACUGUUCGAAGAGGAUAUCUGCGUGCUCUUGCAAAGACGGAUUUUACCGCGAUGAUCGUGACCAGUGUAUUCCUUUAGCACAAUGCCCUUGCUACGACAACGAUGGACUCGCCAUGUAUCCCGGAGAAACAUCUGUCAAUACUGCUGGAGAAAAUUGCUCCUGUUCAAGUGGAGUUAUGACUUGCGAGAGUCAAGAAACAUCAAAUAAUGAACUUGUCCGAGGAAAGCGAAAUUAUCUAAGAUCAAACUGUGGGUACGGUCUUGAGCUUCAAAAUAAGGAAACAGCGAAUGUUUGCAACCAAGAGGAUUUUACCGGAGACAAUAAGGUCUGCGGGUGUGUAGCUGGAUUCUGGGACAGUAGCUUACAGAAAUGUGUUUCUACGAGGCAAGAAUGCACCUGCCCAGAAUAUUUAAAGCCGAAAGAUGGAGUCUGUCAUAUGUUCAUUUGCAGAAAUGGCAAAUGGCUGAGAAAAGCAAAACCCUGUGCUGGUGAAUGCUCAGUUUAUGGUACAAGACACAUGAAAACAUUCGAUGGGAAGAGUCUCGCUUUUUCGUCAAAUUGUGAAAUUAUUCUAGCCACAAACAAAUGUAAAUCGAAACCUUCAGAAUCUUUCACUGUCACGCUUGAAAACAAGCAAUGCCAAGGGACUAAUCUUAUUUGCACCAAACAGCUUAGGGUUUACCAUUCGAAUGGAAAGGUAUUUUCUGUCUAUGGAAAUUACGAGUCUUCUGGGCGACGAAAAAUUGUUAGGACAGGAGAUCCACCGCGGCUUGGAGUUCGGCAAGUUGGGCUUUAUCUCAUUAUUCAAGUCAAUCCAGAUGUAGUUGUACUUUGGGAUGUGAGCCUUAGAGUCCACGUUAUCGUUGAAAACAACCUAAACGGUGAUGUGUGUGGAAUGUGCGGAAAUUUCAAUGGAGACAAUAGCGACGAUUUCACUGGUCGAAACGGAGCAAUUGUUACCUCGGGAGAUCUUUUAGCAGAAGGCUGGAAAUUCUCUUCUCGCAAAUCAAUGUGCUCAGCUCCUUCUACUGAUGAAAACUCGUCUUCAACCUGCCUUGCUACUGAUCAGAGUAAAAAUGCAUACGCCAUUGAAACAUGUCAACUCAUAUACUCCGAUAUCUUUGAAAAAUGCCGGGCAAAAGUUGACCCAACGGCAUUCUAUGAAGACUGCAAGGAAUCCGCUUGUUCAUGCUCACGUGGAGGAGAAUGCGAGUGCUUGUGUGCCACAAUAGCUUCUUUUGCCAGAGCUUGUGCUGUUGCCGGAGAACCCCGAAAAAGAACUGAGCGAGUUCUGAAUUCAAGAAAAGAACCGAUUGCUGAACCAAUCAAAGAAUUGGCAAAUGAGAUCGUCAAGAACAUUGCCAAAUCCUGUAAACUUGCUGAUCGCGAAAUCGUUGUUUUUAUGGAGAGCGCUGAUGACGACGAACUCCUUCAAAGAUAUGUUGAUGCAGCUACUUCCCUAAAGUAUCUGAUUUUCGGCGAAGCCGGUGCAUUAAGCACUAAAAAUGUGAAGUGGACUGUUGUCAAAGCAGUGACAGUCUCGCAAGCUACGCGAUUCAAAACUGAUAACGUUGAAAAAACUCUUGCUUGGACUGAACGCUCUUCAUUGACUAUCGUUGAUGAUUUGAAAUCGUUCUUCAGUCAAGGCACAGGCUUCUCAAAGCAGCUAAUUGCAAUGACCUCGGAGCUUAACACAACUUACUGGCAUUAUAUCUUUCUUGAAGAGAAAGUAGAGAUCUUCUCUCUCUCAAAAGCAGACGUGCUCAGUCUUGAAAACCGCCUAGUCUCGAUCUCUUCGCCUGAUCAAAUUGCUGAUGGAACUCACCAACUUCUUCAAGAGCUUUGUGACGCUCCAAAAGUUCCAACGAAAAUCGAUGUUCAGGAGAUCGUUCCAGCUGAAGUCAUGGACAAGACUCCUGAGCCCGUCAAAAUCGAAAAGUGCACUGCUGAGAACUCGAUUUCAAUCUUCUUUGACAAAAUUUCACAAGAAGAACUUUCCGAUUUUGUGCAAAAGAUACAGCACUAUCUGACAGGAGAAGUGAAUGGUCCAUUCGGGUUGACUGAUAGUCGCGUAUCCGAGAAAAAUCAGGGAAGAAGACUCUUUUUGAUUUUUGAUGAAGAUGAAGGGCAACUGCAAUUUGAAGAAGAUGAUCUCGUUAUAACACCAAACCAGAUUGAUCAUAGUGACACAGGGAGCUUUUAUGUUUCUUGCUUCAGGGAUCUCAUCAAAAAUAAAAAUAUCUUAGGUGAAAUCAUCGCCGAACUCUGCCAAUCCCGUCAGAUUCCAAACGCUCCGGAAAAAUUCGAUCCUUCCCCACUGCCACUUCCAGAUUUGAAAGAGCCUUUUCGGCCGAAACCUGCGGAUCUUUCUCCAAAGAUUUGCACGGACACAAACUCCUGUGCUUGCUCGGAGGAGAUGAAUCUCAUCAUCCUUGUCGAUGGAACUUUACAAAUGCAAAAGCGAUCAAAUCGAGGAAAAUAUGUACUCGAAUUUUUGAGAAAGCUAAGCGAGCGAACUGAUUUCAAUAAAACAAGUGUUGACGUCAAGUUUUACGGCGACAAUAGAUUGAGACUUGACAAGAAUUCCUUCAUAUCCGAUUCAAAGGAAGUUUUUGAUGAGAAACUUGCUUCCGUUGAUUUUUCUGUAAUGAGAAAUUACAAGCGCCGACAGCCGAUGAUCUUCCUUAGAAAAGUUUUGACAUACCUCAAGAUAAGUAAGGAUCGUCGGACUUCCAUUGUUCUCUUUUCCGGUUCCCAGGACAAUUCUGAUCGCGUUCAUACGAAAUAUGUCGUGAAACUUUUGAAGCAGCAUCAGAUCGCUUUUAGCUCUCUCAUCGUUGCACCAAACGGCAAGGAUUUCUCAAGUUUAACUGAAUACGAUUACAAAGGCCUUCAUUUUUUCAUGUCGCGUUCUGUCCGAGCGGCAACUCAACCGUACGUCAUCGACGAAGUUCUUACUGCGGUCUGCUCAGCGCCACUUCUCACAGCCCCUCCGAAACAGAAACUGGUCGAACAGAGAUCAUGUGAUCUUAAAAUGGAAGCCGACAUCAUGUUUGUCCUUGACGGAAGCUUUUCAACACGGCAGGAUGGAUUUGAUCAGAUUCUUUCAUUUGUUAGUGCUACAGUUGAAGCUCUCAAAGGAAACAUUCAAUAUGCAGCUAUUCAGUAUUCAGAUGUUAUCACAGAAGAGUUUAAUUUCAAGUACAGACUUGAAAAAGAUCUUAUGCAAGAAAUUACUCAAAUGAAGUACGACUCUGGCUGGUCUACUUACACCGGAUUAGCAAUGGAGAAAGCAUGGAGUAUGCUUUUUGAUCAACGCUACGGUGCAAGAAACUCAGUCACUAAGAUAAUGGUCAUUGUCACAGAUGGUAAGACGAAAGAUGAUAUUCAAAAAAUCUCAAGCACGAUAAGAAACUCUGGUGAUACAACUGUUCUGGCUGUUGGUUUGCACACUGCUCCAAUUGAAGAGCUUAUUGCCUUGGCUACUUCAAAGGAUCUAGCAUUUUAUACGCACGAGUUCGCAGACAUUUUCAACCUUUUUGCGCAGCUCGUCGACAAGAUUUGUGUGACUAAGGAAAACAAGCAGAAAGUGGCGACAACAACUACGACAACAACUACAACUACAAUGGCUUCUACGACAAAAUUGACAUUUAUCUCGUCUCUCGUAAAUGUAACGGACGUAACGGAGCGACCUAAAACUACAACACCGACUACAACUAAAACAGCAACAACAACCACAAGAACGACUACAACAACCACACAGCCAAUAACGAUCAAACAAGCUCCUGAGUCAGUUAUUCUUUUGCCUGAAGAUAUUUCCGCCAAAGACAUUGUUGACUUGGUAAAUGAUCUUCCAUCACCUGACGAUGCUCCCCUGACAAUUCUUGUUGGCGAGAAAGUUAUCUUACAGAAUGGAUCGAAAAAUGAUACAGCGAGAAUUGAAGACCUACUAGAAAACACGUCGGAAACAGUCAAUCUUGAGGAAUUCGCGGAAAACACAAAUAAUGACCAAAUUGUGAUUCCUAUUCUUACUGAGACGAACAAAGAAGCGCUGGAAGCUAUCAUUGAUAAGAAUCCUUCUCUUGGCGAGUUAGCAAUCGAAAUCGAGCCAGAAAUUCAAGAGGCUCCGGUCUUGAAGGAAUCAAAGACCGUUAUUGUUCCAAGCAAUGCGAACUCGUCGGAAAUCGUAGACUUGCUGAAAGCUGUGCCUAUUGCUGAGAAUGAAACUGUAAAGAUCGUUCAAAAUGAUAAAAUUAUUGCUUCGGACACUCCUGUUGAUAAAAUAUCGGAAGCAAUGCUCGACGAAGAACCAAAGCGAGAAAUAGAAACUGGGGACCUGAUCGGAGAUGUCAUUGCAUUUGUAGACGCAGACAAUUCUGAGAUGGUCAAAGAAUUGCCAAUCGAACCACUCGUUGUGAUUGUCGAUGAAGAUGUUCAGAAGGAAAAUUUCAAUAACAUAGUGGCCAACAUUUCAAGUAUUGCUGAGCUUGAAACAAUCGUGCUACCAGUAACAGAACCUUUUGAUGAAACUGAAGAGCUCGUUUUCAUUUUGCCCAAAGAAGUAACUCAGCAAGAGGUGGAGAAAUUUAUUGAUGACCAUCAAGAUGUGCAAAAUAUUACAGUCGUUGUCGGAUCUACUAAAAUUCUUGAGCAAGCUAACCAAGAAGAACGAAGAGAGGAAACACUCAAUGCAACAAUCGCUGAAAAACUGAAGAAUGCCGAUGUUGUUAAUGAGGAAGAGCUUCAGAAUAUUAUGCAAGAAAAGGAAAAUGUAAAGUCUAUCAUCGCUGAGAAAGCGCCAUCCCAAUCUAUUGCAGACAGAAUCGAACCAGAAAUUACCGAGAAAAUAAUCAAUAAAGUAGCAGAAACUGUUUUUGGCGAAGAAACAACAACUUUACCCUCAACAUCAAUGCCCGCAACGGAUGCUAUUCAAGAAGCUCCCACUGUGUAUCUGAUUCCAACUGAUCUCAACGAGACUAAAGUAAAUGAGAUUCUUACAAACUUGCCGAAAGAACAACCCGCUACUGUUUUCCUUGGUCCCUCUAUUCUCGCUGAGAAUCAAGCACCAGAAGAGAUUCUUCCAGUCACUCAAGAUCUUAUUGAUACUGUUGACGACUUCAUCGAGUCGAAGACAAGUGACGAUAUCGUGGAUUAUGUUUUAGAAAAUGUAGAUGUCGUAAAAAGUCCUGUUGUUCCAAUCAUUUCAGAAAAAUCAAAACAUCUUCCAACAAAGCUUAAGCUCGUUGGUGUCCCAACUAACCCAGUUCAAGUAGAACCUGUAGAUGAGCCUGAGUUUAUUAAAGAGCCCGAAAAAUUUAAAAAGUCGCUUGAAGAUAUUCAAGAAGAUGAAACUCUGAGCAGAAAACGAAGAUCACUUGAUAUGUACUUUCCAUGGGAAACCCCUGCAGCAACGAUUGUCCCAGUUGUUUCCGAAGUGAAAGAUAAGCAUGAAGAAAAAUCAUUGAACCUCUUUGUUGGAGACAAAGAAAUUCUAUCACUAGAACCAUCAUCACCAGUAGAAGUCACUGUCGAUGUGAUCGAACCACUUUUGAUCAAUCUAAAUCCUAUUGACAUCGAAACUCUGGAAAAGAUGAUUGACGAGGAUGCUUUGACUGUGAUCAUUGAGCCUGACGACGCAGAAAGAGCAAAUGAACUCAAAAAGCUAGAAGAAAAAUUUCCUGCUCUAAAAGUGUCACCAAUAGAAGAUGUCCAGGUUCCGAAAGUUAAUGUGGUCUCAGUUCUGCCAGCUGGUUCAAAAUCGAAAGAUAUUCUUGACGGACUGGAUGUUUUUAAUCCUGAGGAUGAAAUUACCACUUUUGUGGGAAGAUCUGUUGUUCCCAAAGAGGAUAUUUCGAUUGUGACGAAAACGGAAGAUCCGAAUCUUGAAGAUCAGCCUAAAGUAGAAGAUCUAGCUAAAGCAAUCAUUGAAUUGAAACCAGUAGAUGUCGUUCAAGUUGUCACUGAGCAGAAUCAGGAUGUUCUUUUGAGUCUCGAUGAAGCGAAGAUUCCUGUGCUUCCAGUUAUCGUUGAUGAAAUCAAAGUCAUAAAACCGGAAUCAAUUACCAAUCCGGAUGAAUUAUCAAUCGAUCUUGUCCCUCAGCCCGUUGCGUCGAUGCCUUCUUGCACAAAAGCAUCUGAUGUGUCAACCGAUCCCCUGUCUAACCUUGCGCCCUCUUCAUUUAUCAUUUUCCCUGACAACAUUGAAGAUUAUAAAGAGCCUCUCAAAAUUUUACAAGAAGCAUCAAGAAAUACAGAUUCAAAGGUGCUCUUUAGAAACAAAAUCUUCCAUGUUCAGCCGAUGUUUGAAAUCGACACCAUUACAAAAAUACGACAAUAUGCAGCCGUUGAUUCCUUGAAUCGGCUACAAACCGAUGAACGAGGUUUAUUCAAGAUAAAUGCUCUAAUGGACCACUCAAGUAUUAUCUUGGUUACCUCUGAAGACACAUCAUCCCUGGCACAGCUGGUGGAAAAGACUUAUAUUUGCUUCCGCACGAUUGAAAUUUCGUUUUUUACUCCAACGACGACGACAACAACGACGACGACAUCAACGACGACAACAACACCAUUUGACUUGACCACUGUUCCAAAAGAGAGUCUGCCAGAAGCACUGGUUAUUCUUCCUCCUGAGGUGUCGAUGAACGAUGCUCAAAAAAUAAAACAUGGAUUGCCAAAAGUAUUCGAAAAGGUUAAUUUAGCGCCAGUCAAUGACGUGGAAGCGGUCAUCGAGCAUGUUCAAAAGCCUGACAUAAUUACUAUCCCUAUCAUCACUCCCGAAAGCGAACAAGAGUUCAUCGAGCUAGUUGAGAUGGAUAUUUUGAAACCAGACAAUGAACAAACCAUCCCUGUAGCGCUGAACUACCCCGAAGGAGAAAAUAUACCGAUCGAUCUCGUCGAAGAAAGCAAACUGAUCAAGGCUAAAGACGUCGACAAACUUGUUGAAGAUGAAGAUUUCAAAGAAAAGAUUGCUAUAUCAAAGAGUAUUUCUAAACUCAUCAAGACAACAACAACGACUCUUUCGACAACAACUUCAUCUAUUAUUUCAUCGAAGCCAGCGGAACCUAAGCAAGUUGUUGCAUUGAUUGCUUCGUCUAUUCCGGAAGCUGAAGUUAUCGAAAUAUUAAAAGAAGCAUCAGUUGAGCCAAUAACUACAGUAAUUAUCGAUGAAACCAAACCCCAAAAAGAAGUCGCAGACGAGAUAAACAAAUUCCUUCAAUCAGAAAAUUUAACUGACUCGAAUUUGAUUCCCGUUCUAUCAGAAAAGACGCAACUUCUGCCAGAAUAUCUCCAAGAAAAAACUGGGAAGCGAACGAAUCCUAUUUUGAUUGGCGAGAAGAUCAGACAGCCAAUUAUUCCAGAGAAGAUCCGCCUUGAAGACGAGCCCAAUGAAGAGCUGUUCAAUAAUUUGACAAAGAUACGACCAGUUAUCAUCGUUGCUCCUUCUGAUAUUGAGCCAGAAAAAGUUGAAGAUAUUUUAGAUGAGCUAGAUACAAAAGGGGAUGUUGAUGUCAUAGUCGGAGAUGAUCAUAUUAUUCAGAAAAUGCCUCUUGAAAAAGCUAAAGAAAAGGAUUUAACAAUCGCUAAACCAGCUCCACUAAAAUCCGAGAUUUUGGACCCCAUUUUGACUCUUGCUGACAAGUCAACGGUCAUCCUCCCAAUUAUAAAUUCUUCGAAUACGGCUGAGUUCGAGAGCAUCGAUUCUAUUCUCAAAGAUGCUCCAAAUGUUCUACAAGUUGACAUCGAAAACGGAACAGUUCCUGAAAUCAUGGAUGAUAUUAAUACUCAAAUCAAAAAUACACCGCUCAAUAAAGUCGUUGUUCUAAAAGAUAAAGAGGAGCCGGACGACCGGAUUGAUGAAAUCAUUCCGUUUCUGGAAGAAAAAGCCGAUAUUCUUGAAAUACUGUCGUCAGAUGAACUACCAACGAAAGAUGUGACUGGAACGAGCCUUAUCCUGCCAAUUUCGUCGGAACAAUCACCAACGAUUGUGACAGACGCAAAGGAUGUUUCCAUAAAAACUCAAAAACCUGUCGUUCCCAUAUUUACCGACGAUUUCAUUGAACCCAUCGUGGAGCCAGUAAUCUCAAAAGACAUAGAGUCUCUUAAACCUGACGAAAUUAAAAGAGCGGUCCAAUGCUCCGCAGUUCUCGAACCAGGACGAAUGGACAGCCUGAAAGAAAAAAUAAUUCUUCUUCUUCCAAGGGACCUUCAAAUGGCUGCAAUUCUUGAUCUGCUAGCCGAGAUUAAUGAUCUUCAUCCAGAGCAAAAAGUCAUUUUGGCUCAUCUUGGUGAAAUUUACCGAAUAAAAAAUGGGCCGAAUUUCAUCGCUGAAACGAAGCACGCCCUUCAACUUGUGUUAAAACGAGAGCAGUUCUUCCAGCAUAGAGACAAUCUUGAGGCUCUCGAUAAACUUAAAAAUGAUCUUCCAAACUCAAUUAUCAUCAAUAUCAUUGGCGAAACGAAAGAUAAAGAAUUGAUUGACGAACUAGAAAGAUUGAGCUUUUGCUAUUACAAUAGAAAUGUGCAAUUUUUGGAAGCGGCAUUUAUACAGACUUCAACAAAACCCGUCACCAUGACAACUACUACGACAACCACGACGACGAUUACAACAACAACUACAAAGUCUACUUCAACAUCAACAGCAGAAGUAACAACCCGAUCUUCUGACACUGAGACAACAAAAACUCAACGAGAAGGGCCUUCAGAUACGUGCAUAGCAUCAUGUCCUGAAGUAUUCAGCUUUUUCAAAAACAACUCUUGCCCUUCCCAUUGCGUUUCUCGAGAGCGAAGAGAAUCAGGCUCAUGUGAACUCGUCGAGCGGAGACAAAAUGUGUUAAUGCAAGAUGGUUGCGUUGCAGAAAAUGUAUAUUUGAAAGUUUGCACGGGAGCUUGCCUUGAGGACGAUGUUGAAUUCGACCACGAAUAUGGGAAGCUCUUUAUCUCUGACGGCCUACACUUCUGCGAACCCGUUGGUCUUCUUGACCGAAUGAUUACAGUCGAAUGUCCAGAUGGAACAUCUGAUGAACGAAUAAUCAAAGAGCCUGCAAGAUGCAAUUGCGGCUUCCAGCAAAUAAUAGAUCUUAUAUAA